AUGGACCUCAAGGAAGUCAACAAGGCAGUGGAAGCAAGCGGACAUCCACUCCCCGACAUGCAGGACCUGUUGGAGCAGCUGCAGGGAGCUACGGUGUUCAGCAGCCUGGAUCUGAAGUCAGCAUACCACCAGCUGGAGCUGCAUCCUGAUUCGAGGUCGCUGACAACGUUCAUCAUCCAUCAGGGCCUCAUGCGGUACAAGAGGUGCCCCUACGGGUUGAAGAGCCCGCCGCAAGCCUUCCAGAAGGUGAUGGAAGCUGUCCUCCGAGGCAUCGAUGGAGUGCAGGUGUAUCUGGAUGACGUCAUCAUCUUCGCUCAGACACCCAGUCAGCACGAGGUGCAGCUGUCAGCCGUCAUGGAGCGGCUCAGGCGACGUCGCAUCACACUGAACAUGUGA